GAACAAGCAUCAUGGGUAUGUCAAUGCAAUGACUCGAUUGUUAGUCAAUUAGAACAAGAUUUUAAAUGUAUUCUACAGAAACAUGCCUCAUUGGAAGAAUGGGCACAGUGGUUAGAUACAGUAGUGACUAGUAUAUUACAACCGCUGGAAGGUAAUAGUUUAGCUUAUACAAAAGCAGCACAUCAAUUAAUAUUGAAAUGGUCAUUUUACAG